AGCAAUAUCAAUUAUUUGAUAAAAAGAAAUGGAUUUGAUAAAAGGAGAUGAGAUUAAUAUUGAUGAGUUGCUUGAAGCUCAGGCUCAUGUUUGGAACCAUACGUUCAGAUUCAUAAGCUCAAUGUCACUGAAAUGCGCUGUCGAACUACAGAUACCAGAUAUCAUCCACAACCACGGCCAAGCCAUGAGUCUUUCAGACCUAGCUUUGGCUCUUGGUAUCCACCAUUCAAAACUCCACUGUCUCCAUCGCCUCAUGCGAAUCCUCAUUCAUUCCGGCUUCUUUGCUGAAUCCAAAACCAACCCAACUGACCAACAGAAAGCUUAUGUCCUCACCCCUGUUUCUCGUCUUCUCCGAAAGGACAAUCCCUUGAGUUCAACUCCCUUCAUACUCGGAAUGCUUGACCCCGUUUUACUAAAACCAUGGCUAUAUUUAAGUUCUUGGUUCCAAAACCAUGACCAUCCUACAGCAUUCACGGCAGCUCAUGGCGAGAAUAUGUGGGAUUAUACCGGGCAUGAGCCGAGGACGAAUCAUUUCUUUAAUGAUGCGAUGGCCAGUGAUGGGCUUCUGGCGGCGAGCGUGGUGCUUAGUAAGUGCAAAGGAGUUUUUGAGGGGUUGAAGUCAGUGGUUGAUGUUGGGGGUGGGACGGGAACCAUAACCAAGGUACUUGCUAAAGCUUUUCCUAAAACGGAAUUCACUGUCUUUGAUCUUCCCCAUGUUGUUCAUGGCUUGCAAGGAUCUGAAAAUUUGAAGUAUCUUGGUGGAAACAUGUUUGAAGGAGUUCCCCAUGGAGAUAUGAUCAUGCUAAAGUGGAUAUUACAUGAUUGGAGUGACCAAGACUGUAUAAAGAUACUAGAGAGAUGUAAAGAGGCAAUUGGGAAGAAAGAAAAUGGAGGGAAAAUCGUGAUUAUGGAAAUGAUAAUUGGAAACCAAGAAUUGGAUGAGCAUCAUUCUACCGAAACUAAGCUAUUUUUUGACAUGGAGAUGAUGGUUUGUCUUGAUAGUCAAGAAAGAAGCGAACAGCAAUGGAGUAAACUGUUUGCUCAUGCUGGGUUUAGUCACUAUGAGAUAUAUCACAUUUUAGGUCUAAGGUGUCUCAUUGAGUUAUUUCCAUAAUUAAUUAUCUGUGUUCAAAUCUUAAAUAAAAAUUAUAAAACUAAUAUAGAACAUGAAAUUCGUGUUUAUUAUAUUAUUUUUUUGUAUUUUAUCGAAUGGGAUAUGUUUGUGUCUUUCUUUUUUUAUUGUGUUUAAGAUUAUGAUAUGAGUAAUGAAGUGCUGUAUUCCCUUGUGUAAAAUAAA